AUGUCGACCUUUCAAAAGAAGCUCUUGGCAGCCAUCAUCAAGAGCCUCCUUCGAGGAAAAUCACUAGUUCAGUCCCUCUUGGCUUACUGGAGUAGCUCGUUGGGUCAUGAUACAUCCAGCAAACCUCGAGUUGGUAACACACCGCGCAGGUCUAUCCAAGAAUUUCUCAAAGAGGCUGAAACUCUGUUUCUUGACCCCAUCGGCCAAGAUAGUCUCCAGCAACUAUCCCGCAACUUGCGGAAGCAACUCCUACAACGACUCGAAGCCGACAUGGAAUGUAUGCUGCCGUCGUACAGUCACCAGUUGCCAAGAGGCACAGAAGUCGGACGUUUUGUAGCUUUGGACGUUGGCGGUUCGACCCUCAGAGUAGCAUUGGUGGAACUUUGUGGCCGCAUGUCCAAUAUCGGGGAGGAGUCUAAGAUUGCCAGCAUGCGCAACUUUCGCAUCACUCCUGAUAUCAAGGCUUUAGAGGGAAUGGCCUUCUUUGACUGGAUGGCCGAGAAGAUACUGGAAACUCUUUCAGAAGAGCUAGAGCAAGAUGGUAGAUCUGACGGGCCUCUGCCUAUGUCCAUGGCAUGGAGUUUCCCCAUCGAGCAAACAUCACUGGCUGGUGGCAAGUUGCAAGGCAUGGGCAAGGGCUUUUGUGCAUGCGACGGCUUGUUAGGUUGGGACCUCGGAGAUAUUGUCCGAACAGCCUGUCUGAACCGCGGUCUCAACGUAGAGCUUCGAGCUAUUGUCAAUGAUUCGAGUGCGUGCUUACUAUCAGAGUCGUAUAACCACCCCACAACACGAUUCGGUCUCAUCCUAGGCACCGGCGUCAACCUUGCUGCCUACCUUCCUGUAUCCGCCAUUGGACGGGUUAAAUUUGGUCAGCGGCCUCCUCAAUGGUUUGAGAAAGCGACGCACGUCAUUAUCAACAGUGAGAUCAGCAUGAUGGGACGCGAUAUUUUGCCCUUGACGAGAUGGGACCGGCAGUUGCUGGCAAACCACGCUCGGCCCGAGUUCCAGCCUCUAGAGCAUAUGGUCAGCGGCAUUGAGUUUGAUCACUCCGUUGAUUACGACGGGACACUAAUGAUGAACAGGGACACAACUUCUGGUCUUGAAGAAGCACGCAAGCAGUUCUCUUCCUGCCACCCAGCAAAGCAUGCUCCCACAACCGCCGAUAUGGAAUUGCUCAAGCAACUAGCCGGUUUCAUCUCCAAGCGUUCAAGCGCACUCGUCGCUACGGGAGUCCAUGCCUUCUGGAACCUACGCAUUGAAAGCCAAAACAACUUUGUCCAAACUAUGUCAACAGAGUCUCCCGAGCGGGAAAGCGCAGAAGCAGAUCGGGAUCUGGCCGAGACAACGGUUGCCUACAAUGGCGGUGUCAUCGAGAGCUACCCAGGCUAUCUCGACAGCUGCCAGUCAUAUCUGGACGAACUGGUCGCUGGCGACAAGAGAGAAAAGUCCGGAAACCGAACGAUAAAGCUUGUAUCGGCAAAGGAGAGCUCGUUGAUGGGAGCAGCUGUGGCGUUGGCUUCUUUGGAGGAGGUUGUUGAGGGGCCAUUGGGUGUGGUGGGCUAA